AUGGAGGAUGCGUCGACGGGACAGAGCGCUGACCAGGCAGCGCGGCUGAUGCGCCUCACACAUAGUCGCAAGCCCCAGAUUAUCGAGCAUAUCAUCACCAAUGCCCCAUCAGCGGUUCUUGAAGAAUAUCAGCGCAUGAUCGACGCCAAGCGGGCAGGCCUACCUAGGAAGCGUAAGAGGGAAGAUGAAGAGGAAGGAGAUGUCACGGGACGCGCACAUGGUCGCUCUGGGCAACGCAGGCGCACGGUGGACGUACACGAGUACCUUCGAUCACCGUCAGCAGCAGUGAUCAUGGAUUGCUGUCGUCGCUUUAUUGAGCGCACCUCGAACUCUGCACUUGCCAACUGGAUCUGCGCAGUGUGCUCACGAGAGAGAGAUCAUCUCGGACCCGACAAGCCUCCCGCUAACAUACGUCUGGCCAACAUGCCAAACGCGCAUAAACUCUACCCCUCGCAGCCUCACGCGGAGCACGACAUAUAUCACGGCAUGCUCCUAGAUCCAGCGGGUCUUCGCCCGAAAAUUGGAGGCGCGCCCGACGGGUCAUCCAACCAACGGGCAAUGCGCGGCAAUGUUUGCUCCUAUGAUCUGGAUAUGAAUGGAGUGGCCGACAUGGUAGAGGGCGAUCUCCUCCCACGGCCACUGUCCAUCCUCCCAUCUACGCUGAGCGUCACUAUAAUCGGGCCGGGCCCUCUUCCGGAGGGAUGGCUUCACUCGACGUUCCGAAAUGAUCCCAAGUAUUUUGGCGCGCUGGAAUUAUCAGAGGAAAGGCUGUCAUCUAUUCCGGAUGACGACGUACCAGCAGAGGUCCUAGCGUGUAUCACGCGCGAUGAUGAUGAGGGCAUUGGUGAGGAGGAGCAUGGGGGAUAUGCGCCCCAAGACGAAGAAGGUGGAGGGGAUGUACACGAAGGAGAUCAAGACCAAGCGCCGGAUUUGACUGUAGACGCCGGCCUGACCUUUGAAGCAGAGGUCAUACCCUUUGAUAUCGCUGGAUCUGUUGACAGUGAUCUUCGAAGAGUUCCGGUUAGUGACGUGGCCGCAUGGGGCAUCUCGAACCUAUGGGAACAAGGACAGGAGGGAGGAUACGUCGUCCGCCAUGGCAGUCGGUUUGUCAGCGACUUUGGACCUGGUGGCAAGCGACGACGGAGAGAAAUGCCUGUUGUAGGCAAUCAUGCCGAGGAGCAUAACUUCUUUGAGAAGGCGUUUCCUUACCUCUUUCCAUACGGGAGAGGAGGUAUCGAGUCAACUCGUCGUGUCCCGCUGGACUUCCGCGAGGAGGUACAAUGGUGCAUGCGCCAUCACACGCGAAGAUUCGCGCGCAGCGAGACCUUCUGCUUUGUUGUCUUUGGAAUCCUACAGCGCCGGGAAGCGCUCGGUUCUGCGCGUCUUCAGAUGCAGCGGAAGACAUUCGAGAGGGACGCGCUCACCAUCAUGAGCAUCACAGACGAUAAGCUGGAGCAGGCUAUUGACGAGGAAGCCCGGGGAGUCGCGAUAUCAGACCCUUCGAUUUGCCUACUUCGCUCGUAUGUCCAUGCGACCGCUGCCCGAGUGACUGGUACGGACACUGCGCGUGUUCGGCUGCGCAGUCAAAUAUGGUCGACAUCGCUCACAUUUGGUCCGCCCUCGCUUUGGAUCACCAUCAAUCCAAGCGAUAUCCACGAUCCAAUUGCGCAAAUAUUCGCUGGGGAGGACAUCGACAUGGACUCUUUCCUGGCGACCUCGGGGCCAGACAAGCACGAAAGAGCAGUGACUAUAGCCAAAGACCCUUACGCAGCGGCGAAGUACUUCCAUUUCGUGAUCCGUCUCGUCCUCGAGGUCCUUCUGGGCGUGCAUGUGACCCCGUUCAAGACCACCUCUCAAGAGGGUAUCUUUGGACGGGUGUCAGCGUACUUCGGCACGGUAGAGUCGCAGGGUCGCGGAACACUCCAUUUACACAUGCUGGUCUAUCUGGAGAACACACCGACAUCAUCCCAGCUACAGUUGAUGCUUAAAGACCCAGAGUACCGUGCUCGGGCGGUGGAGUUCAUUCGCACGUGCAUACGCGCGUAUCUUCCAGGCCUUGAAGACGGCGAGUCAGUAAAGUCGAUCGAGAGGAAUGCGGAGGUGCCGUACUCACGACCCAUUCACCCUGACGUGGCGAACUACGCCGAGCGUGUGCAGAUGCUCGAGACGAAAGUGGCACGCAUGCAACAAGUUCACACUUGUCAUCGCCGUCGCUGCCUCGUACUCAACAAAAAGGGUGUUCUGGAGUGCAAGCGAGGCGCACCUUUCGACAGGAACGAAGAGGACUUCGUUCUCGAGGAUGGUCGUUGGGGGCCAAAGCGGCUCUUCCCCUACAUCAACGCAUGGAACCCUGCAAUUGCCAUCACUCUCAAAUGCAAUAACGACAUCAAGCUACUCACCAAUGGUGCCGAAACCAAGAGCAUCGCAUUCUACUGCACCUCGUAUGCUGGGAAGAAGCAGCAAAAGACGCAUUCACAGUCUGCUCUCUUGGCAAAGGGAUAUGCGUACCACCAGACGACGACGGACUAUCUUGACAGCAUGCGAGAUCGGAACCGACUACUGCUCAACCGUUUAGUGCAGACUGUCAAUCGUGAGCAGGAGUUAGCUGCGCCAAUGGUGAUGUCGUACCUUAUGGGCUGGGGGGACGUGUAUCGCUCGCACCAUUACACUGCCAUCUACUGGACGACAUUCACACGCAUGUUGUUGCGCACCUAUCCGGACAUACAGACAAGGUAA